GAAGGUUUGCCUGAGACGGUUAUCAACACUAUUCAGAGUGCUCGUGCGCCUUCUACUUCUUCCCUCUAUGCGGCGAAGUGGUGCGCCUUCUCUAAUUGGUGUGAGACGAACCACGCUGUCCCAUCUCAAUGCGAGGUGGGAAGCGUGCUUUCGUUUCUGCAAAACUUAUUGGAAAAAGGUUUGGCCUUGUCCACUAUCAAGGUCUAUGCGGCAGCCGUUUCGGCUGGCCAUGCAGGCUGUGAUGGUGGACCGAUCUUCAGCCAUCCACUGGUCAAGAGAUUCUUGCGUGGGGCUAGACGGGUUAGGCCUGUUUCACGCGUGCUUACACCACGCUGGGAUCUCCCCACCGUGUUGCGCGGAUUGUCCAGGGAUCCUUACGAGCCUCUCUCCCAGGCCCCUUUGGAUGCCCUGUCAUUUAAGACGGCGCUCUUGUUGGCCUUGGUUUCUGCCAAGCGGGCCGGUGAGCUAACCGCUCUGUCUGUCAGCCCGAGUUGCUUGUUGCUAAACGAGGACAGCUCCUUCGCGUUGCUCAGACCUAAUCCUGCGUUCCUCCCGAAGAACAUUAAUAGUUCUUUUCGGUCGAGGGAUAUUGUGCUUAAGGCUUUUCACCCCCCGCCUCAUUCUAGUGAGGCGGAGGCGGAGUUGCAUCUCCUGUGCCCGGUUCGGGCGUUGGCUGUGUACGUGAAUCGCUCGGCAGCGUUCCGCUCCACACAACAGUUGUUUGUGUGUUAUAGCGACGCUAGCGGGGGCCGCGCCAUCUCUAGUCAGCGGUUUUCUCGCUGGGUAUGUGAGGGUGUUUGCCUAGCCUACUCUCGGCAGGGCUUGGCGCCACCGUUGGGCGUUAAAGCUCACUCCACACGGAGCGUGGCCGCUUCAACGGCUCUACUCGAGGGCGUUUCGGUGGAAGACAUCUGCGCGGCUGCGUCUUGGUCUUCCCCCGGCACCUUUGUCCGUUUUUACAUGUUAGACAUGUCCAGGGGCUCACUCGGCAACUCUGGCUUAUUUGUUAGAACUAUUUGCCUGGGGAAAAACGUUGGAAGUCAAGCAGCCUAG